AUGGAACAAAACGAGGAAAAGUUAGACAUUGUAAUCUUUGGUGCAAGUGGAUUCACCGGCAAGUACACCAUCUUUGAAGGAAUCAAAUUGCUGGAAGGACUGCGCUGGGGUAUUGCUGGACGCAGUCAGGAGAAGCUUCGUGAAACUCUAGCUGAGGUCGGAAAAAAGGCCAACAAGGACCUUUCCAAAAUAACGAUACUGACAGCCGAUCUGAAGGAUACCGAAUCACUGACACAGCUUGCCAAACGGUGCAAGGUGCUGAUCAAUUGCUGUGGCCCAUAUCGCCUCUACGGUGAGGCAGUUGUACGGGCUUGUAUUGAGGCUGGAACACACCACGUGGACGUAAGCGGUGAGGCACAGUAUAUGGAGCGCAUGCAGCUUGAGUACCAUCAACAGGCGCAGGAACGCGGUGUAUACGUCGUGUCUGCGUGUGGCUUCGAUUCAAUUCCGGCCGACAUGGGCACGGUGUUUCUGGAACGCGAGUUCGACGGUGUUCUCAAUUCGGCAGAAUCCUAUCUACAGCUGACGUCAAAAAUUCCAUACAACGGUGGCGCAGUGCUACACUAUGGAACCUGGGAAUCUGCUGUCCACGAAGUGGCAACCGAGAAAGACCUCCGCUCGUUGCGUUCCAAGCUUUUUAAAACUCCUCUGCCAAAAUUACUGCCGCAGCUUAAGAAUCGAAUGCCAUUGCACAAGACAGACAUGAUAAAUGGCUGGUGGGCGGUACCGUUUCCCGGCGCAGAUAGUGCGGUCGUUAUGCGGUCUCAGCGGCACUUUUAUGAUGUGGAACAAAAACGUCCCGUACAAAUGAAGACUUACAUCGCGUUUGCGUCCUUGCUACGAAUUUUUGGCAUUGGAUUUGUUGCCAGCAUAUUCGCUAUCCUGUGCCGGUUCAAGAUAGGCCGAAAAUGGCUGCUGAAGCACCCGAAAUUUUUCACUUUCGGAUAUUGUUCUCACGAGGGUCCAUCUGAAAGACUGAUGGAAAAUGCUCAGUUCACCAUGCACUUCAGGGGUCUGGGUUGGGAUAAAACAGAAAAGAUGCUGCAUCCAAACGAUCAGUUCAAGAGUUUGCCUCGAAAGGAAAUUAUUGCUAAAGUUUCCGGAACCAAUCCUGGAUAUGGAGCAACCUGUGUUUCGUUGAUUGUUGCGGCCGUUACCAUACUGCGAGAAAGCGAUAAAAUGCCAGGAUCAGGGGGUGUUUAUCCGCCUGGUGCCGCGUACGCCAAGACGAGUUUUAUCGAACAGCUGUGCGAAAAUGGAUUCAAGUUCGAAGUAGUAAGAGUAAAGUAA